CUAAAAUUUUGUUAUUGUUUUUCUUUUCGAACUUUUUUUUAAGUUAUAGCCAUGAAAUGGCAUCGUUCAAUGAAAAGGAAGAUGAAACAGAGGAUGAUGUCCAUUCUCCUUUACUGAAGAAAAACGGUAGGCCUAAAUACAGCUAUCAGAAACAAGAGGAAAAUGAAUCCUUUCCCAAGAUAACGGUAGAAUCAGUAGAAAAAGAAGAUAAUGAGAUUUCAAGAGUUAUCUUACCUGAUGUUCCUGAAGAACAGGAGGAAAAUGGUACGCUCAACAACAAUGCAUAUAAACGUUACGAGAAUGUGGAGGAUUGGAGAAUGUCAUCCCUGGAUAAUAUCCAUGCUGGUUUACCAAGUGUCAAGAUAAGAAAGAAAAAAGCAAGUAAUCUGAAAUUAGACCAGAGAAGAACAAUACGUCAGCAUGAUAAAGUUUAUUGUCGUAUUUCAAAGCCACCAGAACAACCACCACCUCUACGUGAAAGAAGACAAAGAUUAUAUAGAAGACAGAAAUCAGUCAGAGAAAACAUUGGUAGUUUUGUCACAUCUUUCAGAAAUGCCACUUUUCGAGCAUACAGGACAAUAAAAGAUAAAAAACCACCAAAGAAAUGGGAAAGAUUCAAAAUGAAAUUAGAAGAAUAUAAAGAAAAAUUGACCUUGUGGAAAACUUCUAUAAAAGAGGUAGAAGGACGAUAUGGAAUGGCAAUCAUGACCUACUUUAAAUUCAUCCGUUGGUUAUUUUUCCUGAACAUCUACCUUUCCGUUAUCAUGUUAGCUGUUGUCAUUGUACCUGGAAGUUUAAUGUUACCAUAUGAAUUUGAAGAAUCUCUUACUGUCAAUAAUCAGACAGAGUAUAAAAAAACAAUGACAUGUUCUGAAAAGUAUAAAACUUAUAUCGAUGGUUUUACACGGAAGCUAACAACAGUUGACAAGAUAUUGGAUUUCUUAGAAGGAACUGGUUGGAUGGAAACAAAAGUCUUAUUUUAUGGAGCAUACUUCAACAAGACAACAUUUAAAAAAUUCAGUUCAAAGAAACAUAAGUCAAUCAAUAUAAAAAUACCAACAACAAAAAGGCCUAAAAGAGAUAUUGGAGAUGUCCUAGAAAAAGAAGCUAUAGUGCAUUAUACCAUAGAAGGGGAGGGGGAAGGCAACGAAUCAAAGAAGUCUAAUACGACAGAAGAAGAAAGUGAAUAUGAGCUGAAUUAUAAUAUGGGUGUGGCUUAUAUUUCUGCUGUUGGUGUAUGUCUUAUCAUUAGUUUUGUCAAAGUUGUAAGAAACUCAGCUAAGAAUAUGAAAGCCUCCUAUGGCAGAGAAGGAAAGCCAGCCAAGUACAGUAGUCGUGUGUGGGCAGGAUGGGACUUCUGUAUUUGCAAGGAGAAACAUGCAAAAUCUAAAAUGGCCAGUAUCAGAACAGAUCUGAUUGCAGAAAUGCUUGAUACUAAAAAGAAGGACCUAUGGAAAAGUAGAUCUUUAUCAGAUAAACUGAUGGUAUAUGGUUUAAGAAUAGUCAUCAAUGUGUUGAUCACAAUCUUACUAGGACUCAGCUUAGCUGCUAUAUAUAAAGUUACAGAGCAGAUGAUGCAGUUGAAUUCAGAUUACCAGUCUAAGUUAAACAGUUUGAUGAUCAGCUUUGCACCAUACCUAACAAUUACUGUACUGAAUUUUAUUGUACCUAAAGUAUGCUGGAGACUGACGCUAUAUGAAAGCUACCUCCAUGAAACUGAGAUCAAAAUGUCUAUAACAAGAGCCAUUCUGUUGAGAUUAGCAUCACCCAUGGUUCUGUUAGCAUCUAUAUAUGUAGAAAUAAUAAAUGUGGACACACCUCCUGUAUGUGGAAAUAAAAGAUGGCAAGACAGUUCCUCUGGACUUACUAAGAAAAUUGUAAUAAAGUGUUGGGAGAACUACAUAGGACAACAGUUAUACAGAUUAGCUCUUAUGGAUUUGAUUGUUACCACUUUUGUUAUAUUUUGUGGAAAUUUUCCUAGAAAGUUGAUCUAUGACAGAUGGAAAAGCUUUAGAAUUGUAAAGUUUUUAGGAGAACAAGAAUUUGAUUUACCAAGAAACGUUGUUGAUUUAGUCUAUUCUCAGUAUUUAUGUUGGUUGGGGAUGAUUUUCUGUCCAUGGAUACCUUUGAUGACAGCUCUUAAAUGUUUUAUUUUAUUUUAUUUGAAAAAGUUAACAUUAGUACAUAAUUGUCGUCCAGAAGACCGUCCAUACAGGACAUCCCGGUCAAUAUCAUUGUUUAUGACGGUACUAUUGUGGUCGUAUAUGUUAGCUGUGGUACCAUUAGUAUAUGUUAUCAAAUCAUUACAACCAAGCCAAAGUUGUGGACCCUACAGACUUUACAAUGGAGAGUCUACAGUUAUAUUUGAUUCCAUUAGAUUUCAAGUCAACACAUGGCCAAGUUGGAUUCAAAAUAUUCUUUCCUAUUUGUUAAGUGUUGGUUUUUGGUCCAUUGUUAUUGCAAUACUGAUAGUAGGGUGUACUUCUUCCUGGAUAAUAUUUGUCAAUGGUUUAAAGACGAAACAAAAAUAUCUGUCAAAUGAGUUAUAUUGGGAAGCUAAAGAUAAAAACUAUUUAAUAAGAUUGUUAAAGGAAGAGAAAGAUACAGUAGAAACUCUCUAUGAACAGUAUGCUGCAUUAGGGAAACAAGAAUCUAAUUGUUGAUAGUGAAACCUCUAUGAACAAUAUGCUGCAAUAGGGAAACGAGAAUCUAAUUGUUGAUAGUGAAACCUCUGAAUGAACAGUAUGCAGCUAUAAGGAAAAGAGAAUCUAAUUAUUGAUAAUGAAACCUCUACGAACAGUAUGCUGCAAUACGGAAACAAGAAUCUAAUUGUUGAUACCAAAACCUCUACGAACAAUAUGAGGUAAUAGGGAAACUCGAAUCUAAUUGUUGAUACCAAAACCUCCCUACAAACAGUAUACAGGAAUACAGAAUCUAAUUGUUGAUAGUGAAACCUCUUUUAACAAUAUGAGGCAAUAGGAAAACAAGAAUCUAAUUGUUGAUUAUGAAACCUCCCUAGGAACAGUAUGCAGCUAUAGGGAAUUGAGAAUCUGAUUGUUGGUGGGGAAACCUCUCUACAAAACAAUACUGAGCAAUAGGGAAUAGAGAAACAAAUUGUAGACAUUGAAACGUCUUUAAGAACAGUAUUCAGUAAUAUGGAAUUUGAAAUCUUAUUGUUGAUAAUCAGAGCUCUCUGUUUAAAUCAUUCAGCAUUAUUUACCCACGGGGGGGUCUCUUCCUAUAUAAAGGUAUAUACAUAUGUGCCACUGGAAUGGGUCCCUUUUUUGAUCCGUCAAAUAUAUCAAUGGGGUGCAAUUUUACCGAGGAAAUAUAUCAAUAGGUAGUAAUUGACCGAUUGUGAUAUAUCUAAUGACUAUUUGAGCUGAUAAAUAUAUGAAUGGGUUAUGAUUUCGCUGUGAAAUAUAUGUAUAGGUAGGGAUUUCACAAUUAUUCAAUAUAUGAAUGGGGGGUGUUUUUAAAAUCCCAGCUGCACACCUGUACCCAAAAUCCCAUGUUGAGUCCCCCCCGUGUAUUUACCCAUCCACAGUUCAAGUUCCUAUUGCAGUCUACAGAAUGUACCAGUAGAACACAAGCAUUGAAAAUUUGACUAUAACAUUAAAUAAAAACUUCACAAGUUAUUAAGAAUGUUGAAAAACCUCUUCAAAGUGAUGGGAGCAUGCUUUAUUAGUAUAAAGCUUUUAAUUACAGUCAGCAAGAUUUUUAUGAACUUACUAUUUAUUAAAUAAAUUGAUUUAGAUAACUUAUAUAUACAUGUUGAGGCUUAAAGUGUUUUUUGGAACUACCAUAUUUUGUGAUACAACUGCAUUAUUAUGUUAUGGUGCUUUAGAGAUGUUGUAACAGUGGUACUUCUUAUAAGGUUUGACAUUACAAAAGAGGGUCUUUGGAACUGGUUAUAACAGGAAAACUUCUAUGGAAAGAAGAUCUGCUUUGUUAUGUUUGUAUUUAUUGGGGAGGGGUUUGUAAUAUUUAUAUGUUUAUAGCUUCUUAUCUGGUAUUUUUACAUGAUUUUUGGGGAUUGUGUUAUCCUCCAUACAUAUAUUAAACAUAAUUUUUCCAAUAUUUAGUAAGGAAAGCUUUCUAAUGACAAAUGUGAACUAUUAGAUUUCAAUAGGUUUAAAAGUGCCAUAGAAGUCUUAUUUCUAUAGCACUUUUUGUAGAAUAGUGAUGAAAGGUUGUUUAAUUGUUAGUGACUCAACAAUGCUUUAAAUAUUGUUCAGUAUUAUUAAGAUCUGAUAUAGAUGUUGUUAUGGUUGUAUAUGUGAUAUUAAGAUAGAUGUUCUGAUUAUUGUAUAAGUGAUAUUAAGAUAUAGUCAAAUAUUUAUUUAUAAACUAAAUAUACAUUGUGUUGCAUUGAUAUAAGAGAUGACUGUUCCUUAUAUUUUGCUUGGUUUUUUUUGCUUGUUUUUAUUAUUAUCAAUUACUGAAGAUAUUUAUUUAAAAUACUUUUUUGCUUCUUUUUUUUAGAAGUUUUUUCUUUUUCAAGUAAAUGAAUUUUUCAGUUUCUCCUUUAAGACAAAUUCAUUAUCCUUGGUGUUCUGAUAGCGCUUACCUGGAUGUGAAUAGUUGACCUUGUUCACUCUUGUGAUAUUUUUGUUGAGUAACUUCUAAAAGUCAUUAAUUUACCAUACUAAUGCAACAACAUUUGUAACUUUCAUUUUGAUUAGAUAACAUCACUUAUUUACAUGGCUUCAUUGACAACUGAUGCUAUGGGACGUAUGCGCAAGUGCAGACCGCAUAUGCCAGAUUUUAAAUACAUGCUUUAACAUUGUUUUCUGUCAGUUUCAUUAGAAUGGAGAUCACAAUAUUGUAUUUUAAGCUCCGAUGGCAUCAAUUAUUGGGGAUUUGAUGGUAGCAAAUAACCGUUUAUUGUCUCUGCUAACACGUCGCCAGUCAACUUAAGUUGCGACCUAAUCACCAAUUGAAUGCCGUCAGAGCUUAAAAUACAAUACAGUUAUCUCCUAAUUGUAAGUCUGGUGCUAGAAGUUGUCAGUUGCUUGUUGAAAAUUGUUUUACUGUGUUUUACCAUGCAGAACAGCUACAGAAAGAGGCAUUAAAAGGCAUUAAAAAAAUAAUGUGAAACAUAUUAAAUGACAAGUGCUUUUUUAUUCAUGAUUUUUUAACUGACUUUGUUAUUAUACACCUAUUCUAGAAGUUGGCACUAUUCUACAUUGUCCAUCUGUUUAUCCAACAAAUAUUUCUAUCACACUUUCUAAGGAUCUAAUGAACAGAGUGACUUCUUUGUUCAGCAGCUUGGCAUGGAUAAGUUAUAAGGUGACAUAUCUGACAU